AGAAAGCUUCUCUUUAGUAGUGACUCAUGGUGCAACCAUUCCGAUACUGAUAAACGCUACUGUGACAUUGCCUCGACUUACUUUUGACUUCCAGUUUAUAAAUUUUGGGGCCGUACAUGUAGGACAGUGCCUCAGGAAAUCUUUGGUGAUAAGAAAUAAUGGAUAUGUACCCUGCAAGUGGAAUGUGGACUGCAAAAAGAAACACACCUACUUUGUAUCUCUCACUGAGGGAGAAUUACUUCCGGGAAAGACAGCUCUACUGGAUGUAUACUUCAUGCCAACAGUGAAGGACUAUCUUUCGGGUAAAUUAAACAUACAUGUUGAAGGAAAUCCAAUGAAAUCUACAGUUCAUAUGGAGGGUUACGGGAUAGGAUCUAACUUAGUAUUUAACAACACAGAGCUGAAAUUUGGAAGUGCACUCCCUUACACAAAAGAUAACGUCGUAAUGUUUAUAGUUCAGAAUAUAUCUUCUGCCCCUGUUGAAUUCUGUUUCGCAGAUUAUAAUCAACAAUAUGCACAAGAGAAGCUUUGGAUCAAUGCAUAUUUCGUUUCUCACUGUGUAAAAGGUGUGCUUGUACCAGAGAGAAAUGUAGGGGGCAAGUUACACAAUACAUUUGAAGAUAAUUAUUUCACGCAGGUCAAUGAACUUCGUAAAAAACUUCUGAAAAUAGAUCAGGGGGACGCUGAUGAAUCUGAAACGAAAGAGGAAUUAUCAGAAGAUUCAGUAGACCCUCUAACAAAAUAUUCACCUAGCGAAAUUUUAAGAAUGUUAAACGAAUUCGUAGAAACUACACAGGCAGUAGGAGACUGGGGUAGUACUGAUGUUCAAGACAAUAAUGAUAACUUUCAUUCAAAAAUGACGAUAGUGGAACCAAAAACAAAUAAACCAUUAAUAUCGAAAAAGCUGCAAAGUGGUAUCUUUGUUAUUUUCCAUGGUGGGCCAAAUACAGAAUACUUCAAAGCUGCCAAUUGGGCUGGGAUAAAGCUAAAAAUACCCGUUUACAGUAUCGAUAGAUUAAUAUAUGAGUCGUUGGUGGAAAACAGUGUAAUUUGGGCAAACGAAAUAAAUAACCUUAUUGAUGAGGAAUUUGAAUAUGUUGCAACCAAAGAAGAUUUAGUUCCUGUCCCGGAAGAAGACGAAUACGACACCCUGAUGAGAAAGGUUUAUGUAAUACUAAAUACAAAGAAAAAGACGAAAACUAAAAUUUCCAGAGAUAAAGUGGCAGAUAAGACGAAUAGGAUAUCUGAAAAAAGUUCUGCAAAGCAAACUGGUAAAAAAGACAAGGAUACCAAUACGUUAGGAGAUAUACCUGUGGAAUUGUUUGAGGACCUUAUAAAAUAUAAAUGUAAAUCUUUUACAAAUGGCGUGAUAAUAGAAAGCCUACAUAGCGACUUUCUUAGAAAAAUCAGUGUCGCUUUAAAUUCUUUACUGUGUGCCAUCGGAAAUUCAAAAUAUGUACAUAUUAUACUAUUGUCAUAUACAUUACAAAACUAUAUCAAAGAUAAAGUAGCAGACAUUGCAGAAAAAGAAAGAACAAUGGGAGAAUUAAAGGCUGCAGAAAGAGAAAAAAAUAUAAAAGCAAAAUUACAAAAUAAGAGUUCACCGGAAAUAAGUGAGAGUGGAAAAUCAAGCAAAAAAUCCAAAAAACCAAAAAAAGAGAAGUCCGAUAAUGAAAAAUCACCUUUAAAAGACCUUCAGAAAGACGAGAAAGAUGCAUUUGACAGUUUUCAAGCAUUAUUGGCUGAUACCUUCGAUCUUUGCCAAUACUGGGAUAGAAGAAGUUCUUCUCGUAUUAAGGCUACAAGAAGUAUUCUUAAAGCAGAUGUUGACCCCAAAGAUGAUGUAAAAGAAUCAAAAGGUACACAGCAAAAGAAAAAGAUAAGCUGUGAAGAAACUUGUGAUGAAAUUGGAUUUUUUUUAUGGGUGAUAAAUCACGCAAAUAAAGAGAAGCCGAUAAAUUUUUCCGAAAAUAUCUUUAAAGCAUUAAACGACUUUCCCAACUUUCAAGAAGCUAAAAAGGACUUAGCAGAAGGGUUUGACGAGGCUAAAGAUUCUGUUCUUUUUACCAUUAUAACAAAGUCUGAUAAUAUUCACAUGACCAAAUCAGAUUUCUUUAGUAUUAGUACUAAUGAUCAAAUCACUGACAAGAAAGGAAAUGAGGGUUAUCCACAUAUAUCGAGUGUGAGUUUAUUAAGUACAAGAGCUGCUAUUUCUUCUAAAAAGAAAGCUGCCAAACAUCAUAAAGCCAUUGAAGAAAAACCCAGUAUUCAAGCAAAAGUUACAGAAAACGAAGUAGCACCUUUCGAACUUAUGUCCAGACGUAUUUUACAACCCGAAGAAGUAGCUUAUUACACUUUUACUUUUUGCCCCAAAACGUGUGGCAAAUACAAUCACAAUUUUACCAUUCAAGUGACAGGAUUGAAUUCAGAUAUUAUAAUAAACUGUAGUGGAGUUUGCGAAUUACCUACAAUAGAUUUUAAUCCACAUGUUAUGUUUCCUACUGUUGUGGAAAGUUACCGAGACAAGGCUGCAAAUAGUAAUUUUGUCUAUAUUAAAGACAUGAACGUACUUGAUUUUGGCCUAGUUUUCUAUGACACCGACAAACCUCAUAAAUAUGAAUAUCAAAUAUUAUUGAGAAAUAUCUCACAGUUACCCUGUGAUGUUAAAGCAAGUUUAGAAGAGAAGUCAUCUUACAUUUUGCAGUCAAAUUUGCUGCAUAUCGAUCCGGGACAAGAAGUAUAUUUACCAAUAUCUGUAAAAGCCGCUAAAUCAAGUAUUUUAAAAUCAGAACUCUGUAUAUCUGUAAAAAACAAUCCCAGUUCACAAAUAGUGAACCUUGUAACAAAACCCUGGAAAUUGGAUUUCCAUAUCAAACCUAAAGCAUUGACAUUUGACAAAGUUCCAGUUGCGUGUAGCUUAAAGAAAAAAAUAAUGUUAUGCAAUCUUUCUCCAGUAAACCUGUUGUGGAGAUUUGCUGACUUUAAUUGGGCUUUACAGAUAUUUGAUAUAUCUAAAACUGAAGGGUUCCUAGGGCCAUUUUCGGUUUUUGACGUAACUUUUUCGUACACACCACUUCGUGAAGAAUCACAUUCUAAGAAACAGUUAGCUGUUCAGGUUUUUGAUCUGAAUUACUCAGACCAAGUACCACUUUUUGUCGAUUAUUUUACCGUGCAUGCAGAUUCUUUUGACUGCGUGGUUGAAUAUUCUGAUCAUAUUGAUUUGGAAGAAAUCAAAGGUGGAAAGGAACACAGAGUUUCAUUUACAUUAAUGAACAAAGGACAACACAAUACAUGUAUUACAUUCUCCAAAAUUGAUAACCCACUUGAUAAAUACAAGCAGAUACGGAAAUGUUUUGAAGUGAUGAAUACAAAUGAAACAUUGGUGCCUAACAAAUUAUUCACGGGAACUCUAAUAUUCAAUCCCUCGAAGCCAAUGGAAUUUAAAGAAGUGCCCAUAUUUGUGUGCAAUGUUGUGGAAUGCACACAUUCAGAAAACAUUAUGAAUUCUAUUAUUAUGAAAGUGUCUGCAAAAGUUUUCUUCUCAAGUUUCGAAAUAAGUCCAGCAGCUGAUAUCAAUUUUGGACAUCAGCAGAUUUUUUCUAUAAAGACACACACAGUUGAAUUGAAAAAUACAGGAAAAUUUCCAUUCAGUUACACAAUCACUUAUAUAAAGCCGGAGGAGAUAAGCACUGACAAAUCUAUUAAAAAAAGCAAAUCUGGGAUAAAUGCAGCAGAGAAGGGAAGUAAGAAAGGUAGCAGCAAGAAGAGUAAAGAAAACAAGGAUGAUAAAAAGUUAUUAAAAAAGAAAACAAAAUUUAAUGUAGGAUGUUUUUCUAUUCAUCCAUCAGAAGGCGAUAUUAUGCCUAACGAAAUUGCCCAGAUAGAAGUGGAAUGCACUCCUGAAAAAAAUGAAGAAUAUAAAGAGGUCAUAACACUGUUUGUGUCUGAGUGUGUUGACGAAGAUAUAAAUGGAAGACAAAUUACAUUAAAUGUAAUUGGUUGUGAACCAAAACUGAAUUUUCACAACUUCAAAAGAAUAUUUAGAGAACAUUUUAUUGUAGAUAAAAUGGAAAAUGUUAAUGUUCCGAAAAUUGUCACGAGCCAUUGCAUAUAUGAGGCAUCAGAGCAAACACUGCAUUUUAGAAAAGUCAAUCUUAAUACAAAAGCAGUUAGCAAUAUUUACAUGCAAAAUAAAGGGCACGUAAUAGCUUAUGUCACGGCUAAGAUAGACGAUGGAAAUAAAAAUGUAUUUAAAGUGUUCCCAAAUAGUAUCGAUGUAGAUCCUUUCAGUACUAAAUCGUUAUCAAUUAUUUUCAAACCUGACUGUGUAGGGGAAACCUCUUGCAGAUUAGAAAUAACGUACAAUUGCUCCACAAAUAAUAAAUUUUCACUUGCUCUGAUUGGUGAAGGGGUAAUGCCUAAGCUAAUGAUUAUUGAACCAAACUUGGAACAAAAUAACAAAAGUACCAUAAAUUUUCUUCCAACAUACAUUGGACAUAGCAGAAGCCAGAGAAUUUCCAUAAAAAAUAUUGGUUCUAUAUCCGCUAAAGCAAUCCUUCAAAUAAACAAUAACAUUAAUGAGGCGCUUACACUUAUUGCAUGCGAGGAUACCUAUAGCAUGUUAAAUAUUUGUGAUUUAGAAGAAUUUGAAAAUACAAAAUAUUCCACAUUAGUGAAUUUGCAACCUGAAGAAAUUGCAAAUUUCAUUUUAAAUUAUGAACCUAAAUGUGAGGAGAGUUUAGAUGCAGUUGUAAAAAUUCACACAGUUAAUAAUCCAUUUGAGAUUGCACAGAUAGCAGUAUCUGGACAGAGCUAUUACCAUGAUAUAUGCCUGGAAGGACUGACACCGUGCAUCAUUAAAGAAAGAAAUACUAUGGGUUAUAAAAUCGACUUUGGUUUUGUUUUCUUACAUUACAUCCAAAGGAAAAUGUUUACAAUAAAAAAUUACUCUGAACAAUAUAUUUACAAGUUUGAAUUUACUGAUUUUGGUCCACUAGUAUUUACACCAAGAGUAGGUCAUUUAAAACCUUUAGCUCACAAAGAAGUAAUUGUCAGUUUUUGUACUAGAAAACCCCAGUAUUACGAUAAGGAUCUGGUAGAAUUUACUGUAAAUAAAAUAGAAUAUAUAACUCCAGCGUCAGAUAUUUUAUCAUGGGAUGAAAGACUGAAAUUUGUAACGUGGGAUAUUCCGAAAAUUGAGUUCAGUGAUAAAUCCACUAAAAGAUUUAGUAAAACCUCAUAUGAUGAAGAAAAUGAGGAAUUCCUUGAAGUUGAAAGAAUGAGUAUAAAGAAUACUGUUGAUCGACCAGAACCUGACUUCAAGAUAAUCUCAGAAACAUCAGAAAUUAUACCCUGUUUAUUUUCAGUAAUUGCAGAUUACGCUACAUACAUUAAUAAAAUUUGUGACAUUACUUUUCCGGAUACUUAUAUUAACGAGAAAAGAAAGACCCAGUUCGAAGUAGAAAAUGAUGGAAUAGUUCCUCUAGAAAUUGAAUGGGAUUUUUUUUAUUCGAGAACUGAAACAACUAGAGCUGUGGAGAAGAAAAAUAAAACCGUUGAAAUUAAAAAAGAUUUAGCAAGACCGAUUAGUGCAAAUUCUUUUAUCAGCACCAAUUCUAGCUGCUCUUAUGAAGAAGAAGAAGCCAUGCCAUUUGCCAUAACUCCUCAAAAAACCUCCAUCUACCCCAACGAAGCUCAAGAAUUUACAAUUGAAUUCAGGCCUUUGAAAUAUAUGGAUCACAACAUGAUACUUCAAUCAACUAUUAUAGGUCUUAAACCAAAAUUAAAAAAUAUACAAAUAAAUGUUACAGGAAAAAGCUUAUUACCCAUUUAUUAUUUUGAACUUGAGGAGACCAACUAUCUGAGCAGAAGGCCCGAUGUUAUUAAAAAGUGUAAUAGUAUUGAUUAUGCGGAUCCGAAAGUUAUCGAAUUUGAAUCGGUUGGAAUUGGAGUUUUAUCUUUAAGAAAAUUAAAUAUAGUAAAUCCUGGUAAUGAAAGUUUUACAUAUAUAUUUGAUUCAUUAGAACAAUAUCCAAUAUUUUCAUACUUCGAAUGUAAAACAGGUAGCGGUUUGGUAAAGGAAGGGAAAAAAUCCGAAGUUAUAUUUACAUUCAAAUCACAUGAAUUUGGUAACUUUGAGGGAUAUUACAUGUUUAAAAUUUUAGAGGAAGAAAUAAAUGUUCCAUUUUUAUUAGCUGCGCGGUGUAGGCAGCCUGUUGUUUACUUUACACAAUCGUACAUUUCAAUAAAACCUACAAUUUUAAGUGUUCCAUCAAGUGCUACAGUUAAAUUAUUGAAUAAUGAAGAUAUGGAGCUAUUCUAUAAAUUUCAUAACGAAUCUCUCCUUAAUGAAAAUCAAGAUCAACAAUUGGGCAUAUCGCCAAAAAAAGGAAAACUUCAACCCCAUUCAGAACAAAUUAUUGAGGUCACUUUUGAAGCAGAGAAAUCCGGUGACGUCAAUUUCUCCGUACUAUGUACUGUAGAGAAGUUACCAACACCUCUCACUUUAAACAUUUUUGCACAGUGUGAGGAAGUUUUUUCCUUAAUAUCCUAUUGGGAUAAAUUUAAUGCGAUAAUGAACACAUUAGAUAAAGAUAAUGAAAAUAUUAUAAACUUAGGAAUGAUUACUCCAAAGAAAAGAGAAACAAUAAAAUUCUCAGUUUGCAAUAAAGGGAAAACAGGAUUUUUCUACACAGUGCAAUUUAAUGCAAAGCCUGUAGAGCACAUGUUUUAUAUUGAUGUAAACCAAAAAAAGGAAUUUGUGGCCAGUAACAAAACCUCUACUUUAAUAAUAUAUCUCGAGGCUCUCAGAAAGGCGACUUUGAAGGAUUUCAAGGUCAAAAUAAAUAUAUCUUACGGACCGACUUAUCUAUUAAAUAUGAAUGCAAAAGCUGAAACACCAUUGGUCAAGCUUUCAUUUCACACCCACAAUUUUGGGUACUGCAUUGUACAAAAAACAAAAACCACAUAUUACUCCGUUACUUUGGAACUUAAAAAUAUUGGAACUAGGAUUUUAAUGUUAGAGAAUUUUUAUGAAAAUAAUGAAGAUUUAACAAUUGAUUUCAAGAGUGGACAUGUACAACCUUCUGCUACACAAUAUAUAACCAUGUAUUUUCACCCCAUGAAUGUAGGUCGAUAUGAAAUAAAUAUACCACUAAAAGUGAACUCUGUGAAGUACGUAGUCAAAAUAAUGGGUGAAGCAGUAGAUAUUAACUUGCAACUAGUUAAAAGUAGUGAUAAAUAUAUUGACCUUGGAGGAGUACUAGUAGGAACACACCAACACUAUGUUGUUCAAGUAAUAAAUCGGACUCCUACUCACGUAAAUGUAUUUUUCGAUCUAUGGCAAAAAUUACCCUUCCAUACCAGACCCAGAGAAAAGAUAUAUUCAGAAAUAAAAUUACCGGAUGUACCAGAGCCAACAAAUCAAUUGGCAUCUAAAUCAGUUAAAACUAUUAUCAAAAAGAAACAAAUAGAAGAAAACAAAAAGGCAAGUAGUAAAGAAAGCAAAAAAGAAGGUAAAAAAGAGAAAAAAGUCGUUGAAGAUGUAGCUAACAAGAUAUCGAAGUCCCAAAAACCAGAUAAAGAUAAGGGUAAAGAUAAGAAGAAAAAAGAAGAUGAAGAAGUAGUUCAAGACGACAUAUUAGAGUUAAUAGAGCCACCAAAGAAAACUGCAAUUGACUUUCUGAAAAUAUCACCAAGAGAUUGCAUUCAAUUAGGGCCAGAUAAAAAAUUUCAAUUCACUAUAGACUUUAUGCCAACAGAACGAAUAGAACAUUUUUCGGAAAAAAUUUUCUAUGAAAUUCAAGACCAUAUUGAACCGUUAUGUGUAGUAAAAGGUUUCUGUCUUAUACCAAAAUUUGUACUGUCUCAAAGUCAGUUAAAAUUUUCAAAUGUAGUAAUAGGACUCAAGCAUACGAUGAAGACUUUGUUAAGGAAUAUGGGUGACUUUAAAGGAAGAUUUCAGUGGACAUUAGAUAAGAAAAUUGACGUAUUUAGUAUAACACCAUUGUCUGGUUUUGUUGGCCCAUCAUCAGAAAUAGAAAUUUGUGUCACAUUUGCAUCAAAGACGGUUGACAGCAUAUAUAAGACAAAGGCCAAAUGUUUAAUAGGUGGGCUAGAAAAACCUCUGGAAUUGAUUUUAGAAGGUAACUCCACCAAAGUUCCUACACCCAUUUCUACUCUACAUUUCCGCUGCCCUGUACGAGAGAAAAUUCAACAGCAGAUUAAAAUUUUCAACAAAACCAAAGAACGGUGGGUCAUCCACCCUUUCAUAUCAAGCGAACAGUUUUCGACAGAAAGAGACCUAAUAGUUGAACCAGAUACCGAGUACACUUUAGAUGUUACUUACAAACCUGAAGUGAUGACUACAUUAGCUCCUCACAAUGCAACGUUAUUUUUACCCUUACCAGAAGGUAAGGCAAUUAUAUACACACUAAUAGGACAAACGCUGCCUCCUUUACCAAUAAACAAAAUUAAGAUGGACAUUAAGUGCAAAAUGUACCACACACAAGUACUAUCUAUACGGAAUUGGAUGAACACAAAGCAGUGUUUCAAUGUUACAACAGAAUUAAUGACCCCACUGACAACAAAGUGUUUGUACAAAGUUUCCGGAAAUCCCCUGGUGGAACUUUUUCCUAAUGAAUCUAAGGACUAUAUCUGGAAAAUUUUUAUUAUAAACGAGAUACCAUUGGAUUUUAAGGUUAUUUUUACAAAUAUCGAAACUAAUGAAUACAUGUAUUAUGAAAUAUAUAUAAAUGUUUUGCCCUGUGAUGCCUUAGAAACAAAAGUUGUAACUACUUGUGUACGAAAACCAGUGGACUUCAUGAUAACAUUAGAGAAUCCUAUUGAUUACCCCGUUACCUUUACUGUAGAGUGUGAUCUUGCAGAGUCAAUUUUCGAUCAAUAUGUUACAUUAGAACCAUGCAGCAGGUAUCAACUUCCUUUCGCAUACUGCCCUCUCAAGAGUGACGAAAUCACUACGUAUUUGUAUGCCACAUGUCCAGAACUCGGCACAUUCACUUACUGUGUAAAACUAAUAGCGAAACCUCCGAUGCCAGAAAAUACAGUGAAAUUUAAGGCUGAGUUGGGGGAAAAAGUUAAUAAAUCAGUUCUCUGGAAUAAUACUUUUAAAGCUGCUGUCGAAUUUACUGCAAAGUUUGACCAUCCUGUCUUUUCACUAGAAAAAGUGUCUAGCAUACCAGAAGGAGAAAGUGGAAGACUUAAAUUUGGUUUUGAACCGAACCAACUGGGUACAAUACAAAGUAAAGCUAUUGUUUUUUCACCACAAACUGGAAAUUAUGUGUAUCCAUUAAUUGGAGAAUGUGUCUUACCUACUCCGAAAGGUCCCUUCUCUGUUAAACCAGGUGGAUCAACACAGAUAAGCUUUGUUAAUCCAUUUAUGGAAGAUCAAACAUUCAACUACUACAUCGACUCGAAUGCUUUUUAUUUAAAAACAAUAACAGAGACAUUGAAAGCUAAGAAAUCAACAAAAAUUAUCGUCAACAUGCAAGCCUUAAAAUACUUGGAUGUAAAUGUACAACCACGCCAAAUAACUGCAAAACUACACGUUGAGGUGGCCGGUAGCCCUAUGAACAACAUCAAAUGGGUUUUUUAUAUUCAGAGUGAGAUUUAAUAUAUAUAUUAUAUACCGAUUUA